AGAAUAAUUCUGUGACAUUUGUUACAAUCGUGCGAUGCGAGUGGAUCUAAGAAAUCAAACUGAAACACAUUAUUGGAUUGUCGUCUUUUGGUGUGCCUUAGGUGCCAUUAUUUUGGGUGGAAUCGUUUUCAUUUCAUAUUGGAUACGAAGAUGCAGGAUAUCACAAGUGAAGUACCGCCACCACAUCCGGUGUGCUCUGACGAAGUCAUCAUCAGUUGUCGUCAAUCACAGCAACAGUCUACACAUCAACAUCAGCAACAGCAGCAGCAACAGCAACAGUCAAAAUUACAGUUGCAGUUAUCAAAGGAAACGCAAUCACAACAAUUGCAACAACAACCACAACCACAACAGCAACUACAACAGGAACAACAGGAACAAUCGCAAUCACUACUAUCAACAACACAUUAUAAACAACAAAAUCAAAAAGUUAUCACAAGAUCACAAUCAUCGAAAGUUAUACAGGAGCUGCAACAUCAACAUUCGGCGCAUCAGUUAAAGCAACAGCAGUCGUUGCCAACAACACUGCAUCCACCAGCUGGCAACGCUAAUAACGCACAUCAUCCGCACACCUCAAAAUCCGUGUCGAUAUUGGUUUACAAAACCCUAAAUACGGUUUUCAAGAGUAGCCGCAAAAUAAUUGUACGUGUCUGCGAGGUUGCCAGCGUUAAGAAAUCCUUCACCAUGUUUAAGUUUAGUAAGGCCGCCGCACAGAAUCGUGCACAGGAUCGUGCCAAUGCGUGCACUGGUCAUGAUCAAUUUGUCAAACCACCAGUCUCGGACAAAAAAGCAAAGCACAUCAUGAAAAAACUAUACAAGCAAAAUGGACUCAAACGCUCCAACUCGGCCAUUGAAUUCGAUGUUUCUGCCUUAACUGCAGCGAAUCGUCGCCAGAUUUACAGUCGCAAUCGUUCGGCCAGUUCGGAACAAGAUAAUUCAGAUCAUUCCGAGCACUCGGAGAAAUCACCGCUGGUUAGCGCGAGGUUAGACAAUCUAGCUAGGCUAUUUUUUAGCAAAUCGAUGCCAGCGGAAACCGGAAGUAGAGAUACCAUAGAAUCAGUGCUAACAACAAGACCAAAUCUCAAAUAUCAAUAUUCAGCAUUAGACAGUGGCAAUGGAGUUGUGGAACGAAGUCCGCGUGAACGUGCGCAUCGGGAGCGCGCUCUCAACGUGGUCACACAGGAGUGGGUGCAGAAUUCGAAUGGUCGCUAUGAAGUAAUUGCUCAUUUGGAUGAGAUUGGUUCGCGACAUGCAAAGAAUUGGUUUUUAGUAAAUGAUGCAUCGGUACGUACCGAUCGCCUAAUGACUUUAUUACCGCUACCACCAGACUGUGUCGCCUUAGAAGAUUUGCCACCAAAUGAGAGUCCAAAGGGAAUGUUAAUGGAAUUACUUGGCUCAUUACAUCAUCCAUACAUCUAUCCAGUACUGGAUUUGGGGUUCUUACGUUCGGGUUCGAUGAAUUAUGCUUGUUUGGUUACACCAUUCAAUUCACGUGGUAGCCUGAAGGAUUUAAUAUACAAGGCGCAAUGGAAUGAACCUUGGGUGCGCAAAUAUACACGCAAGCCAAAUGGCCUACCAGUGAGCCAAGUACAACGUUUAGGCCGUCAAAUACUUGAAGCAUUACUGUUUCUAAAAGAGCGUGGGUUUCCCUUGCAUGGACAUUUGCAUAGCGGAAAUGUUAUUCUACAAAAUGGCGCAGCUCGGCUAUCCGGGCUGGAGAAUGGUUUGCUGGGCUUAAGUUCACGCAUAAAUGCCGUUAUAUGGUCACGCUCCACAACGGAAAUUGAAAAUGUCGAUAUAAUUUGCUUUGGACAUUUAUUAUAUGAGAUGUGCACAGGUCAGGAAAUGACCACACCAAAACCGUCCAUGAGAGUCCUCGAAAUGGAAUUAGAGCAUUAUCCACAGAUUUUAGAUAUAUUAGGUCUUAUUUUUGAACCGCCGAGCGGUAUGUGCCCCUCCGUUGAGGAGCUUGUCUUAUGCGAUCUUUUCAGAAGCAUCGACUUACGCGAACUUAGAGGACCCUGCUUUAGUACAAUCAAACCGAGCCUCAGCAGAUCCACAUUGAAUUUAUUGCAUGCGGUGAAGAAACGUCAGUGCGCGUCAUUAGGCAAUUCAUUAAGUGAAACGAGCUCCCCCUGCACACCACCCUCAACGCCACGAGACAGACGUUCUGGCAUCAGCCGAACAAUGGACUCAUUUGACAUCUCGAGUGACUCCGAAGAAGGACUGCUCGAUGAAAUAGUUGUCGGUAGCAAUUAUCAUCAAGAGCACUUACAAAAAUUGCAGUACUAUCAGCAGCAUCUACAGAACACAGAGGAGGCAUCGACAUCGGCUCCAAGCCCAUACUACUAUCAUCAGUACAUGCAGUACAUCACUCUCCAGCCACAUUCACAACAGUUAGAGCUACACCAUAAACAGCAGCAGUAUUAUGAUGCAAUUCAAUCACCAAUACAUCAUUGCAACACAGCAACACAUUCGGAUGACAAUAGCUGCAGCACUCAAGAGCAUCAACAACACAAUUACCAAUACCCACACUCCAGUCAACACCCGCCAUCACAGUUACAGUCAUAUCCGCAACAUCAUUCAUCCCAGCAACACCCACAAUCCCAACCACAUCAACAUCAAUACCAACAACAGCUGCAACAGCAACAACAAGCUAAUAUAUUUCUACGUUGUAGCUCAAGUACCAGCAGCAACUUGAGUUUAUCACUAGGCGCAGCUGCUGGGACAAAUGUCGAAGACACGAUGCAUUUAGCUGGAAGUAGCACAAGUAUUAGUUCAAUAACAGCGCUGGCAGCUAUCGGAGUAGCAACAACAAUAAAUAAAUCAUAUAAUGAAAGCGAUGGCUCAGUAACCCGUUUGCCAGCAGGUCAAUUAGAGUUUGAAAUAUCCGAUAGCACAAUAAACAAUGAUGCUUCACCAAGCAAUGUCACAGAGACAUUCUCAGCUGCUGCUACUGCUGCGGCAAUACCACUAGCUGGCACAAAAAGUGGCUCAAUAUGCAAUCUAUCUGCAUCGACUUCAGCUGCUGCCAGCGCCAAUGCUUCGUUCAAUCAUCAGUUGACAGCUGAUAUGUGCAACUACAAGAACUCGAAGAGUCGUCGUUUGGAAUACUCUCUUAAGUGCCUAAAGUAUGGGCGCAGCAAUCCAUCACAGGACUCUGCUUUCGGUUCGUUAACUGACAAUGAUCUAUCGAUAGGUUCAUCCAGUUUUCGCUUAAGCAGUUUUCAAUCGAUUUCAUCACCGAUUGAUGAAGGUGUGGAGGAUAUUAUAAUAGCUACCACAAGUACAGGUAAUGAAACCUGUUUAGAGUUGGCAACCAUACCGCACAAUAUGGUUUCACAAGACUCGGCCAACUCUUCGCCUUGCCGCGAAUCAUCACCCAGUAACUUUCUCAAUAUAGAUGAUGGUAUAUCAGGCGGCUCAUAUUCAGGUGGUUCUAGCUCAUCGGGUUCAACCAGUAACAUACGUCCGCAACAAUUUCCAAUAUCCUUGUCACCAAAAAUACUGGUUACUGCUACUACAAAUUCUAGUAACUCAUCAUUAGCUUCCGCCAGCGCUGGUCAUCAACAACACCAACUACAACAAUUCGAUCCACCCAAAAUAUUAGUCAACGAUCAAAAUUCAAUUUAUACAACUUCGCCAUCGAAGCGUUCUGGCACUAUUGAAGUUUUCUCGCAGAAAUAUAGAGUUAGUUCAUUCGAAGAUAUGUCGCCAAAUCAGCGAUGUAGCUCUGCGAACUCGGACAAGCAUCUCAGAAAUGUCAAUCGAAUGGCAUUCCGUUCUCUCGAAGAAGAACGCCGUAUAGACAAUGCAUUUAUGCCAAUAAUUGAUCGUACAAAUUCAGACAAUCGCGUCAAUAUGCAGAGCGAAAAGUAUAAAAAACUUACGCACGCUUCGUUCUGUAUUAGUAAGACAUCCAGUCAAGUUACCGUAUUCGAUACCUCGCCUUGUCAGAACUCAAAUUCUAUUGCUGGCUCAACGACACUAAUAGCGGGGUCUGUUGGCGCUUAUGUAGCCGAAAUACAGCGACCAGCUACAGUGGCUGGAACGUCAAGCACUCGUCAGAUGGUAUGGCGUGAUAGCAAAUUCUAUCGUAAGAAUCGCAUAGCCAAAUCGAACGAUUCCUUGCUUGAAAUUUCACCCAAUCAUUCGGCGCGAUUAUCACCAUCGUCCUUACGCGACAAUCAAUACGAUAGCUGCUCAUCGUACGGCAGCCGCAGUCACAGCCGUCAUUCGCUCUAUCGUGGUUCUUCGAAUGAAAUUUGUGGCUCAAAUCAAACACUAGGCUUAGGGUUGGCAGUUACGACAAGCUUUUGCAGCAAUGGCAGACGUUAUUGCAGUUCUAAGAGUGAAGAUCUUGGUGAAUCCAUCGACUACUUACGUGUUAUGGAUGCACGUAAAUCUUACUCAGAGCGUCAUCUUGUCACUUUAACAAAAUUGAAACAAACCGCAAUCAACAGCACGAGCUGCAACGAAAAAUAUUACACAUCCGAGGAUGAAGUCAGUUUCACCGAAGACAAUAAUUCUUCCAGACAACCGCAACAACCGCAACAACACGAACAACAAAUACAACAACAACAACAUUUAAAUCAGCACCAGCAACAACAACAAAAACAGAAACGACAAUUCUUGCAACAAAAUUCACAAACUCAACAAAAUUUUAUCAAACGUUCCCAUCCAAAUCAAUUGAGCUGGAGCACUUGUUCCAUCAAUCGCAUUAAGACGACCAAUAUAAAAACCACCUCCCUGGCUACUCUUUCCUGCCAUCCAAAUUUAACAAGCGCUGCCUCUACGCACAUAACUGCCGUUUCAUUGAAGACCCCAACACCCAAAACAACGACUCCACUAGCUGAUGUUGCGGAAACUUUAACUUCAGCUGCACUUGCGACCGGCUCCGUACAUGGCAGUACUGUCACUAAGGUUGCCACAGCUGCUGUUGUUGCUGUAUCUCGUAGCUCAGCCUUCAAGCUACUCAAUCAUGCCUUGAACAUCAUCGAUAGCGGAGGCAGUGGCAGUGGUAGUGGCGCAGGCAGUGCAACGUGCACCACAACUGAAGAGAAUAGCAGCUCUACCGAUGAAUCACCAUUACAUCAAACUCUCAGCAGCGCUGAGCUGUCACGAAUUUUUGCCAUGGACGACGCCCAGGGCAGUAGUUGCAGUGAAGAGAAAACACCGCUGCUGGACAGCGUAGAAAUGUCACCAAUAAGUCCAACUGAACCGGACAUGGAACGCGGCGAACAAAUGUGAUACACAAAAUUCGAUUAAAACAUUUACGAAAUGGAAUGAGAAUUUUAGUGGGAUGAAAUCCAGGUAUAUGUGGGAAAAAUAAAAGAUAACCAGUAGUUAGUACAGUUAAGAGAUACUACGAAUAAUUUAAAUAUUUAAGGGAAGAAUAGAAAUUUAGAAAUCGAAAUUAUAUGAAACCUAACCGAAAGCAGUAAGCAAAAACAAAUUCACGUUGGUCUUAAGUACUCUUUUUAGCACAUUAAAGAACUGAUAUUUUCAGAAUGGCUCGCGAUUGCGAAAGAAAAGCACUACAAUAGAGAAAAAUAGGAGGAAGAUGGAGACAGAUUGAACAAAGAUUUCAAAAAAAUUGUAAAGGAAUAUGAAAAUAUGAAAGCGAUGACAUGAUCAUAAGAGUAAUAAACGAUAAAUUAAAAAAAUAUACACACUAGUAUUAAGGAAAUAAAUUCAAAGAAAGGAAGACUAGAGAGAUAAUACUGAAGAAAGUCAGAUAAUAGUCUUAGAAUAACAGAGAAAUGCGUAAAAAAAAGUCAAGUUAAUAGAAAAAUAAAAAAACAAUAGUUAAGGCACAAAAAAGAAAUGUAAAGUAAAAAAUUUAAAAAAAAAUAUUAGAAGAAUGGAUGAGUAAUACAGAGGGAGUGACGAGAUAAAGUAAUAAAAUCUUAAGUAGUAGAAACUUAACGCAAAAACGAAUUAUUAGGAAAAUAGAAUUUUACAAAACAGAAUAUGGAGCUAUAGUGGAAAUCCAAAAAAAGGUAUUUUCAAAAAAGAAAAAUUUUUAAGCAAGAAGAAAAAA